AGGCCGUUUGGCUGCAAUACAAUUGAAUCAGCUACUACUUCUUGAGGCCGUAUGCGAUGCAGAGUUUCUCAUGAAUGCGACGUGAUAUAGCUUUGUGCGCCAGUGUUUGUUGUCUUUGUGGUUUCACCGGCUGGAUUCAUUUCAACUUUGAGAACUCGUUGCUGUCCAAGUGGAGGGUCGUUGUCACUCUCUCAGAAACUGGACGUGUCCCUGCAUCUUUGCAGUCUGCAGUUGUCCCUAGCACUGUACCUGCAAGGAUUGGAUCUCCAGUGCCAGCAUCAGGUAGUAACUCUUCACAGUUAAUGGGCGCUACAUUUACUGCGGAAGAAGCAAAUUUUACGGAGAACAUGUCAAGGCCGGCGAGCUUGGAAUCUAGCAUCGCUGCUCCCGUUGCAGCUGCCGGCCAUGAAAGUAUCACUGACCCUCUGAAGGGCCAGAGCUGGUCUUCUCUUUCGGCGAGGCCCAGGGAGUGCGUCGCGGCGAACAACCGGCAUGUCAACGGCCGCAGCGCUCUGCACCUGCACCUCCACAACUACGGAGGGACCUUCCAGUGCGCCCUGGCCCAGCGACACGGCGAGUGCACCAACCCGCCGUGGUGCAAUUUCGAGGGUUGCUCCGAGAUGGUGAAGAGCCGGCUGACUCCUUGCUGGAAGCGGCUGAAGGCGACGCACUACACGUGGAUCUUCGAAGAGCGAGGUUUCAACGAUGACGACAUCAGCUGCACGGGAGCGCAGAUCGUGUACGUCAUUCUCCGGGACCCCCUGGCAGCGUUGGAGUCGACUCUCAAUGCGAAUCAUUUUGUCAAAUCCCACGUCCUGCAGGCAGUGAACCAGGCGCUCGACGGGAGGUCGGGGCCAGCGCCUUCACUGCGGAGGCCAGCGCCUUCCAGGUCCUACCACGGAAAGGUCCACGUCAGCUCGGGAGGUCGGGGCCAGCCGACGGCGGCCAGCCCGGCCCUGGACGCCCUGCUGCGGCACGACGGGUGCCUGCCCCGCUGGGACCACUACCACCACUUCGACAAUUCCUCCUCGGCCGCUUGGUGUGAGUGCAGUGGCCAAGCGGCCACGGGACCAUUUUGCAGUCCGUUCCCUCGGGGGGCCGUACGACGCGCCGCUCGGGAGCGUGGGCCCCGCGAUGCUGCUCGAGGCGAAGAGGCGGCUGCUCAGGCUGGACGGCGUGUUGAUCCUGGAGGAGAUGGGACGCGACUUCGUGCAGCUGGAGUGGCUGUUGGGCUGGAAACGCAGCGUCUACGAGGCGGCGAAGGUCGCGGGGGGCGUAGCGCACCGUCAGCGCUGGACUCCGGAGGAGGCAGAGCAGCUGCGCGAGCUCAACCGGUGGGACUACGAGCUUUUCGAGUUCGGCCAGCGUGUCGCGCUCAAUCUCACGCGGAGGGCCGUGGAAGCCACGAAAAAUCACAUCUCCCCUCCCCGCUGCUGCUGCGGCUCCUCCUUCUCCUUCUCCCCCGCCCCGCAGACCCGCCCUGGAACCCCCUGAAGUCUGCUGUCAGUCCGUAACCAUUCCCCCCCUCAACCUCUUCUCUCG